AUGGUCAGCGUAUGUGUGGAAAACCUGUUGAUGUGUUCAAGUCCCGUACAUGGUGUUUAUAUAUAUAUAUAUAUAUAUUUACUAAUGCAUUUAUAUUUACAUAUGUUGCCACCCAUUUUGCUUUUCUUUUCUUUUUGGUUGCACGGGAAAUUAGUGCACUGCUGCUUAAAGUUAAGUGAAUAA